GGUGGGAAAUCUAUUUUUAAACAAUCAAGUAGUGUUGCUUACUUAAAGAGAGAGUUGUUGUUGAGGUAACAUCUUUGAAAAAACUUAAGAAAGAAAAAAACUUCUACCAGUUCUAAAGUUAGAGUGAUCAUGGGAAGACAACCUUGCUGUGACAAACUCGGAGUGAAGAAAGGACCAUGGACAACUGAAGAAGAUAAGAAGCUUGUUAAUUUCAUACUUAACAAUGGUCAGUGUUGUUGGAGAGCUGUUCCUAAACUUGCUGGUUUGCUUCGUUGUGGCAAGAGUUGUCGUCUUCGCUGGACUAAUUAUCUUCGUCCGGACUUAAAGCGAGGUCUUCUUACGGAAGACGAAGAACAGUUGGUUAUUGAUCUUCAUGCUCGCCUUGGUAACAGGUGGUCUAAGAUUGCAGGAAGAUUACCGGGAAGGACAGAUAAUGAAAUAAAGAACCAUUGGAACACUCACAUAAAGAAAAAACUUAUUAAGAUGGGGAUUAAUCCUGCCACUCAUGAACCCCUUAACAAACAAGAAGCUGAUACACUAAAGACAGCAGCAUCUCCGUUGACCGUUAGUCAACCAGAGUCCGAGGACACUAUGGCAAAAACUGGCCUAGUUGUCCAUACGUCAUCUCCGGAGGAAAAUUUGAGUUCAACACCACCAGAAAAUUGUACUUCAAGUAAUGAGUCUGGAUCAACAUCCGAUAACAGUCAUGAGGAAGACCCAAUAAUGAGGUUGGCAUGGGACGAUGAAGCAUUACUUGAUUCACUGUCGUGGGAUUUUCCGGUACCGGAACAAUCUUACAACAAUGCUGGGGAGGCUUCAUCGGCUGUGGAAAAUGGGUUUGGUUGGUUGUUUGAGUAUCAAGAUUUUGGCGUGGAGGAACUUGAUUUCGGGUUUGACCAUGUAGCCAUAGACAUGGAUAUUAACAGAUACCUAAUGGGGGAUAAGUGCUAGCUAAAUGCAUGCGCGCGCCAUUGGUGUAAAUGUACUAUACAAAGUAGAUUAUUUUGUCAAAGUGCCAAAGUCAAUCACAUAUUCGCAUAACUGUCAAAACAUGCAUCAAACAAGAGUACAAAACUACCAUCGCACAAGCAUGAUUUGACUCGGAUGCUUUUCCCAUCAGUCUGAAAUUUUCUUGGACUCUUUUUAUGGAAAAUGUACGGGUAUAUAUGUUUCAAGGAUCUUCCCAAGUGGUGUGAUAUUGAUGCUUAGUAGACUAGUAAGAGUUGAAACUGGUUGCACGAAAUUAUUAAACAUGUAGACUUAGUCUCUAAUUAACCAUUUAAGUUCUAUAUUAUGCAGGGCUGAAGUAAAGUCCACAAAAUGUAGAUUACAAGUAAAACAAACUGUGUUGGUAUUUUAUAUGGUAGAUGCUAGAUACCAUAUAAUGGUCAAUUUGCAAAUGUUUUUGGUCAUAUUGAGAUUUUCAGUUGUAAAUUGUAAAUAGUUGUACUUCAAAAAAAGAAGCAUUCUAUGAA